CAACAUUUCCUUGUUCCUGCUAUUUUCCAUUCUUAAAACUUUUUUUUUGUUAAAUUUUCUUUUAUUAUGAAAACUACGAGUUUAAUCAAUUCAAACCCAGAAGCUUCUCAAAGUUUGAUCAACAAAAUCUAUGGGGUCUUCUCUGACAAUGACGUACAAUUUUCGUCCCCGAUUUCCUCUGCCAGGACUACGGAAUUGGAGUUGGUUCGAGGAGUUGUUCGGAUGUUGCAAGGCUUUUCGGGUUCGUUGUUUUCCUGGGACCGAAAGGGGCGGCGAUUUUGUGUGAGAAGUGGGAUUUACGUGACGCAUUUGUCGCAGUCGAGCCUCGGCGUGAUGCUCAACCAAUUCAUGUAUGCCGCUACGUGUUUGGAACUUGUACAAAUUGCGGUUUCUAAAGUGGAGACGCAGCUUGGAUCUCCUCCUCCCACUUUGAGAGCUUUUGCUUCCUCCGUUUCUUCUUGGCUCAAGAGGUUGCGUGAUAUUGCUUUAAAGGAAGAAACUAAGAUCAGCAAUUCAAAUGGGGGAACCUUGCUGACCCUGUUGGGAUUGACAAGUUCUUUAUCCAGCCUUUGCUCAGGUGCUGAAUAUCUAUUGCAAAUAGUUCAUGGAGCCAUUCCCCAAGCAUGCUUUGAGCCUACUUCGUGUAUACCAUCUGCUGAAAUUGCUGUUCAUAUCCUUGACCAUCUCUAUCUAAAGCUUGGUGAAGUAUGUCUUGUGCAAGGUGGUGAGGUUGUAUCUACUUUCUCAUUAGUGAUCAGUGUUCAUGUGUUGCUUCAUAUUUGUGUGACUUUCUUGGUGUAUGCAAUUCAAACAUGGAGCUUGUGCUAUUUUCAGGGGGAUGUAUACCAGAUGCUAGUUCAUAUAUUUGUUGGAACCUUACUGCCAUACAUUGAGGGUCUUGACUCCUGGCUUUUUGAAGGGACACUAGAUGAUCCUUUUGAGGAGAUGUUCUUUUAUGCUAACAGAGCAAUCUCAGUUGAUGAGGCUGAGUUCUGGGAAAAGAGCUAUUUACUAAGGGUUGUCCAAAAUUGCAAGUUAAAAGUUGACCCCUCUGCCCCAAUUGAUACCAAUGAUUAUGUACCUUGGACUAGUAACAAGAAGGAAACAACUGAAAAGGAGUUUGUUUCUACAUCUAGUUCUAUGAAAGGAAAAGAGCAAAACAAUAGAGACCUUCUAGUGUGUCCUUUAUUUAUUAAGGACAUAGCAAAGUCAAUUGUUUCUGCUGGGAAAUCAUUGCAGCUGAUCCGCCAUGUUCCUAUGACAUCAACAUUGCCUACUAGCAAAAAAAAUGAUAAAUACAAUGAUGGUUUUGGGAGUUAUCUUGAUGACUGCGAUAUAAACAAGAUGAAUCAUUGGCAAGGCAUGACAGGGUUAGCGUUGGCUGAAAUAUUUUGUAUUUCAUUAGCAGGUCUUUUAGGCCAUGGUGAUCAUAUCUCUCGAUAUUUUUGCCAAGGUGACCAGAGCAAAGCUGAGAUUAUAUCUUCCUUGUUCUCAUAUAUGAAAGAACAGAUCAUGGAGUAUGGGACUGCUGAACCCUUGCCACCUUCAGCAUACUCAGAGAAGAUCUGGUAUAACUUCUUGGUCGAUUCAUUGUUAAAGAAAAAGUUUAUAGAUGUAGAGCCUGCAGAUAAGGAUUCAUGUUGUUUUCCAGAUACAAAAGCAGAAAAUAUGGUUAUACAUGUUGAAAAUAAAUUUUCGCUCCAAGGAGCUUUCUGUCCAGAAAAUCUAGUCCUUACUGUGUGUCAAACUAUGCUUGAUAAGAACAGGAAUUCCUGGAAGGCACUAAACUUAUCAGAAAAGUUUUGCUUACCUCCUUUAAAUGAUGAAUACUUAAGAAAAGCUGUUUUCGGAGAGAAAAGUGAGCUAGUUUCUGGACCUCAUGGAACAAACUAUACUCUUGGUUUCCAGUUUGUUGAAUCUGAACAUCUUCGUGCUCAGCAUGACACUAAGUUGUUGGAAGUGUUGUUUCCCUUUCCUACUCUUAUUCCUGCUUUACAGGAUGACAUCCACAUGUCAGAGCUCUUGCCUUUCCAGAAGAAUAGCACCCUUUCAUCAAGAGUACUUAGCUGGAUUCAAACUUUUCAACCAAGGACUACUGCACUUCCUAUCGUUAUUAUGCAGGAAUGUCUCACUGUCUACAUCAAGAAGCAGGUGGAUUAUAUUGGCAGCCUUAUCCUGUCAAAGUUAAUGAAUGGUUGGAGAUUGAUGGAUGAGCUUGCUGUGUUGCGUGCCAUAUACUUGUUAGGUUCAGGUGAUUUGUUGCAACACUUUUUGACAGUGAUAUUCAAUAAGCUGGAUAGAGGAGAAACCUCAGAUGAUGAUUUUGAGUUGAACACUAUAUUGCAGGAAUCCAUUAGAAACUCAGCUGAUGGCUUGCUACUCAGUGCACCAGAUUCUUUGGUGGUAUCCAUUUCCAAGACUCAUGGUUUUGAUGGCGAUGAGCAAACUAAUACAACUACUGUUGCUUCGGCUCUGUGCAAAAGUCAUCCACACAGCUAUGGAAUUGAUGGCCUUGACUCUCUGCAAUUCAUGUACAAGGUCUCUUGGCCCCUUGAACUGAUAGCUAAUUCAGAGGCCAUUAAGAAGUAUAAUCAGGUCAUGGCAUUCUUGCUGAAGGUCAAGCGGGCUAAGUUUGCACUUGAUAAAGCUCGGAGAUGGAUGUGGAAGGAUAAAGGCACUGUAAGAAACGAUCGCAAGCGCCACUGGUUAGUGGAGCAAAAACUCCUUCAUUUUGUGGAUGCUUUUCACCAAUACGUAAUGGAUAGAGUGUAUCAUAGUGCAUGGCGUGAACUUUGUGAAGGAAUGGCUGCUGCUGGGUCUCUGGAUGAAGUUAUAGAAGUACAUGAGGCCUACUUAUUAUCAAUUCAUCGACAAUGCUUCGUGGCUCCAGAUAAGCUGUGGGCUCUGAUUGCAAGCCGAAUCAACAGCAUUCUUGGACUAGCUCUGGACUUCUAUUCCAUACAGCAGACUUUAAGCAGUGGUGGAGCAGUUUCUGCAAUUAAGGCCAGAUGUGAAAUGGAAGUGGACCGGAUUGAGAAGCAGUUUGAUGAUUGCAUUGCUUUCCUCCUUAGAGUCCUGUCUUUCAAGCUCAAUGUGGGGCAUUUUCCUCAUUUGGCUGAUCUGGUUGCCAGAAUUAAUUACAACAAUUUCUACAUGUCUGAUGGUGGAAACUUGAUGACCACCCCUAGCUCUGAAAGUGCUACUGCGAGACUGGGGAAGGCCUUUGCGAAUUGAACAGAAUUAAUACAGUUGCUUUCUGUUACUUAUGAUGCCUUAUCGCCAUACAAGGUGUGAUCAGGCGAGUUUGAAUGAUAGUCUCCAAAAAUGCUUAUGUCUAUAAUCUGCGAGUUUGUGACAGGCAAGGUGACUUUGAAGAUAUCAAUUGGUUUGGUGGUGGGUUUAAUCUUUUCAUCAAGAUUAUGGAGUUGAUCAGCCAUCUGCCUGUGGAGUCCAAUUGUACCAUUGGUAAUCGAAAUCCUGGUGUAGAAAGUACACAUUUCAAUUAGAUUUAAGGUUCCUGGUGGUGUGGAAAUCAUAUCACUCUAUUAGUAUUAUGUGAUGCGGUUGAUUUAGGCAGUUAGCAGCUUGUUGAUAUUAGUUCCUGAUUUUCAUUUUGUUACAUGUUCAUGAUAAGCAAUGCUUACAGGAGUCAAUCAUGAAUAUUCUAUCUUGAAGUUCACUGGAAGUUAUCUUGUGAUUGAAAAUUUUGUAAAUAUCAUGUUAGGAAUUACAGUAAGAAUAUUGCUUUGUAUCAGAAAAAAAAAGGAAAAAAGGGAACAUAUGUGAGAAUAUUACUUUAUGACAAGACCCUAGCUUCUUGUCAAAUAUUCAUCGUUUUAAGAUAAUCCAGUUGCAU